AUGGCCUCCGUACUUGGAAAGCGCAAGUCGCGCAACACAGAACUGUCCAUAUCCGAAGAAGAGGCUCAAGCAAUAUUUCGACGUCACUUCGAAGCCCAAUUCAAGCCUUUGCCAGAGCAGCCAAAGUCCAACCCCCAGAUCGCGGACGAUGAUUUAGCGACAGACACCGACGAAAGCGACGACUCCGAGUGGGGAGGCAUAUCAGACGAAGAUGACGGAGAUGGCUCGUCCGAACAGUCCGUGGAAGUCAUCGACCACACAUCCUCAAACACCCACGACCCGACCGUCUCCAUGAGCAAACGCGAGCUCAAAGCCUUCAUGUCAUCCCGCCCUCCAUCCACCGACACAACCCCCUCCUCCGUUCCCGCGCCCGCAGAACCCCCCUCCGACCCAGAAGACGAAGACGAGCGCACCCUCCGCGCCCAAGACCUCGCCCUCCAGCGCCUCCUCUCCGAAUCCCACCUCCUCGCCUCCCUCACCCCGGGCUCCGUCCACUCCACCGCCGCCGCCCACAAACCCUUCGCCGCCGGCCGCCUCCGCCACAAGACCACCGACCUGCGCAUCCAGUCCCUCGCCGGCGCCGACAGCAUCUACGACCAGAAGAAGAUGCCCAUGGCCAUGCGCAAGCGCAUCCUCGCCACCCGCCAGGCCCGCGACGACAAGCGCCGCCGCGAGGCCAAGGAGAACGGCAUCAUCCUCGAACAUCCCAGCAGCAUCAACAAGAACAAGAAGACUCUCGCUCCCGCCAGGCCGAGACGGGACCAGGCCGUCGAUGCCCCCGCCGUCGGGAGGCUGAAAGGCGCCCAGCUGCGCCUGAGCGAGAGGGAUGUUCGAGCCAUCGAAGGGAGUGGCGGGAGGGACUCGGUCGGUCGGGUUGGGCCCGGUAGGGCUGGAGCCGGGAAAAGAGGCCGGCGAUGA